AUGCCGACAUUGAUUGCAUCCAUUGUUGCCGCCGCCACCGCGGUCUCUGCUUUAUCAUAUAAUGGCGCCUCUCCGGUUCGUCAAGUAAUUGCGAAUCUCAAAGCGGUCAGCCCUGGCGACAGCUUCAUCCAUCUCGGGUCGGACGGGGUCUUGCGCGUCUUUACGCCUGACUUCCAAGUUUCGGACAUGGCCCCUCUCGAUCCGAUUCAGAUUGCCGAACUUAUCCAGAUUCUCCCGGCUACUGAGGGCACCCCCGAUUUUACCGGCGUGGAUGGCCGCAACGCUCCCGAGUCGACGCUGAGACAGCCGUCGGACAGGAUCGUCGCCGAAGCAGCGGAGAUGGUCCAGAAGACCUCCGCGCAGCUGGAAUCGCCAAACGUGAACACGCUGCAAGCAAGACAGAGGGGCUGUUGGGAUGUACUUUACGGCUACUCGGAACGGUUUUCAGAGCAAUUUAACUAG